AUGGCCGCUGAGAUCCUCUUGCCCCCACUUAUCUAUGAUAGCCACCUCAUCUCCAAGAUGGUCUUUACACCCAACCCCAGCACAGACGACUUCCUGGCCGCCGUGAUAUGUGACAUCAAUGGAUUGCCUGUGUCACCGCUGGGGCCAGGAGGUGGGCCGUCCUCGACCCCAUCCUCCUCGACGAUGGAGACCAGAUCGCCGACCUCCUCUACCACCAAAAUGACCUGCCGCCGGAGCUUGUCUGCCGCAUCGCCGAAGGACUUGACGACCUCAAGUGCUUCGGGAUUGCGCGGGGAACUUGCCCGACAUGGAAAUUCCGUGCUCACGCCGCCGUCGCCAUCGCUGCUCAUGGACCACUGCGACGAACCCGCUAAGCACUGCAUUACCACCACAAUCAACCGUCAUACCACUGUAGCCUCGAUCCUCACGCGUCGCUUCUUCGGGCUCAACCCCAUCCCUUCCGGCAAGCUCUGCCCCGCCACAUGCCGCUCCUUAAAGCUCACCACAAUCCCCUCAGUUAGGACCUGUCUUGGCUGCUGCGGCGGAUGGCUUGCCCUCUCUGUCUGCAUCAACGAUGGUCAUAGUCUACUUAGCCACUUCCACCCCGUCAUGGCCGCUGAUAUCCUCCUGGCCGCGCUGAUCUACGAUAGCCGCCUCGUCUCCAAGAUGGUCUUUGCACCCAACCCACUGGUGAUUACUUCCUGGCCGCCAUGA